AUGGGCUUCAGGGUACUUCACUUGGUAAGGCCGUUCAUGGCCAUCUUGCCCGAAAUCGCGACCCCCGAUCGCAAGGUUCCUUUCAAUCAAAAAGUCAUGUGGACAGCCGUUACGUUGUUCAUCUUCUUGGUCAUGUCACAAGUCCCACUCUAUGGCAUCAUGUCGUCAGAUUCCUCGGAUCCUCUCUUCUGGAUGAGAGUUAUUCUUGCUUCCAACCGUGGUACAUUGAUGGAAUUGGGUAUCACGCCUAUUGUCACAUCCGGCAUGAUUAUGCAAUUAUUAUCGGGUGCCAAUAUCAUUGAAGUCGACUACAGCUUAAAGGAGGACCGUGCCUUGUUCAGCGGUGCACAAAAGCUAUUUGCUAUGAUCAUUGCAUUUGGUCAUGCUACGGUGUCCGUAUUGACGGGUCUCUAUGGUAGCCCACGCGAAAUUGGUGCUGGUGUCUGCUUGCUUCUUGUGAUCCAAUUGGUGGUUGCUUCGCUUAUUACAAUGCUUUUGGAUGAAUUACUGCAAAAGGGCUAUGGAUUGGGCUCUGGUAUCAACUUGUUCAUUGCCACCAACAUUUGUGAGACGAUCUUUUGGAAGGCACUUUCACCUACAACGAUUAAUACUGGACGCGGUGAUGAAUUCGAAGGUGCAUUGAUCGCAUUGGUCCAUCUUUUGAUGAGCCGAAAGGACAAGACACGCGCUCUCAAGGAAGCAUUCUAUCGCAAUCCACUUCCCAAUGUCAUGAGUCUCUUGUCAACAGCUAUCAUCUUUGGCAUUGUCAUCUAUCUUCAAGGUUUCCGUGUCGAACUUCCUGUCAAGUCCAACCGUGUACGUGGUCAGCGUGGUACAUACCCUGUCAAGUUGUUUUAUACAAGCAACAUGCCUAUCAUGCUUCAAUCCACCAUGACUUCCAACAUUUUCAUGAUCUCCCAAAUGCUCUACAAGCGCUUUGAAGAUAACAUCUUGGUCCGUUUAUUGGGUGUGUGGGAACCUUAUGAAGGAUCAGCACAACUCUUCGCCAAGAGCGGUUUGGCUUACUACUUGUCGGCUCCUCGCAACAUGACGGCUGCCUUGUUGGACCCUAUUCAUACCGUUAUCUAUGUCAGCAUCAUGCUUGCUGGUUGUGCUAUGCUUUCAAAGACUUGGAUCGAAGUAUCAGGUUCUUCUCCCCGUGAUGUCGCACGCCAACUCAAGGAUCAACAAUUGGUGAUUGCUGGUUAUCGUGACACUUCCAUGUACAAGGAAUUGAAGCGUGUCAUUCCCGUUGCCGCUUCUUUUGGUGGUGCUUGCCUUGGUGCCGUCUCUGUAUUGGCUGACAUGAUUGGUGCUAUUGGCUCUGGUACCGGUAUCUUGCUUUGUGUAACCAUCAUUUUCCAGUAUUUCGAAAUGUUUGUCAAGGAACAAAUGGAAAGUGGUGCAGGUCUUGAGGGAAUGAUGGUAGCUGCAUAA